AUGGUUGAAGAAUAUGAGGAGGAGGAAAAUGAAGAAGAUGGAGGUGACGAUGAUGAUAAGGAGGAGGACGACGAGGCUGAGGAGCAACUUUAUUUUUCUUUUGUUGUGGCACGUCUUCAUGCUGACCCACACCAGCACACGCACCCCGUGUGGGCGAUCGAACCCACAUGCCUAGACUCCACUAUUCCUAAGGUUGACUGGGAGGUAGAGAAUCUCACCACCGUGACGGUUGUAGAAGCGUUUUCUUUGCUUGUUCCAAGCUCACAGGCAUUAGACCCACACUCCUGUAUGCCUCGUAGACGUGCACAGGACAACAAAAAGAUAGAGGAGGUUGUGAGCGUAAAUACGAUGUCGGCGAGGCAAAAGGUCAGAGAGGAAAAGGUCCGACAAAAUUUGGGAUCUCGGCGUCAGAGUUGGAGGAGGAGCCGACGAAUCCGUGUACGACCAAGAAGAGAAGAAGAAGAACGGGAAGAGGGAGAGGUGACCGGCCUAUGGCUGGAGGAGGCCGGUGAGGCUCGCCGGCAGCGAGACAUCAGACGCGAAGAAGGCGACGACCAAGAAGAAGCUUGGCUGGAGGUCCCUCCACGCGAGAAGACGGCGCGGACGGCGUUGGAGGGUGCUAGUGUCCAACCGGUGGCAAAGAGGUCAGCGGCAAGGGAGGCGGUUGACGACAGGAGCACGAGGGAGGAGUUCUGGAGCUAG